AUGUCGCAUCUUAUGGUCCAUCUGGACCAGAUCUCGGUGUCCUGCCAAGGCAUACGCAGCCUGCCAUUUCCGCCGCCGAAGGUGUUUACGAACGCGCUUCUCUACAACGACGACAUCACCAGCCUCAUCCGCGACACAGAGGCGCAUGAGCGGGCACUCUUUUCGGUACCGGCACCACUUCCGGCAGCCAAGACGACGCCGGCGGAGGCACCCUCUACGGCCGUGUCUGGGGCUGGCGAUUCUGGGGCAGGAGUCGCGGCAUCGUCCUCCAAGCGGCGCCAGACUGUCUUCAAUGUAGCAGCCGGCGAAGUUACAACGGGCCCGCCGUCGGCACGGCCAAGUGCUGCACCGCGGCGGCAGACAGCUGUAGCGGCCGUACUGGGCGGAGACCUCCAUGCACAGAUCGGGCGGAGAACUGGUGGCGGUGGCGGUGGCGGCGGUGACGUCGACGUCAACAUUCUUCUCAAGGGUGCCGAGAAGCUGUGCACAGUGUACGCGCUGCCUGGUGCGCUGGAACGGAUCCCUGUUCUGCGUCAGAAGCACGCACAGCAGACGAGCACGCUCACCUACUACGAGGCCAAAGUGGCGGAGCAAGCACAGCGGCUUGAGGGUAUGAACCACGACCGACGGGGCGGCGAAGGGGAAUUCGACGGCGACAACGACAUGUCCAUGGCAGCCGCUGCACCAGCGGCUGCCGACGGACUGACGGACGACGAUCUCCGGCACGAAGAAUAUGAGAUUCGGGAACUUGAACGCAAAAAAAAAGAGCUUCAGGAGCGGCUACGUGCUAUGGACAAAGACCUAGGCGGCCUGCUCAACAUAGAAGGAACAAACACCUGCCGCUCGGCACAACGGGCAUCCCCGCCUUUACGCGUUCUUCUUGGCGCGCAGGAACUCGCCCACAAAAGUCUGGACGUCCUGGGCACCGCCGACUUCGACGCUGUCGUUGAUGAUAAAGUGCGGGACGCCGUGCACGCCGUGCUGAAAGGCCUCGCUGACCUCAGCGUCGACCUCAGUGCCGCCCUUGUCGCUGCUGAGCCAGUCGCGAACCGUCGCAGCGUCAAGGCCGCCACGCUCAGCCGCAGCUGCCAGGUCGUCAUGCGACGUGAUGUCGCCGCCCUCCUCGAAGUAGGAGCGGAACAGGCUGGACACGACCGAGUCUUCCUUGUCGGCACCCUGGGCUUUGGCGAGUUGGAUGAUGCGGUGGGCGUCACGGGUGUUGCCAACCUUGCCCUCAUGCGUGAAGUUGAUGCCCUCGGCGGCGCCCAUGGCCCGCAUACGGGCAUUGAGGUCCUCGGCGCGGUCGGCACCGAACUUUUGGGCCAAGCGCUGUUUGGUCGGGACGCUAGUCUUUGGGGCGUUGGGGUCGAGGUAGAAGGGCUGCCAGGACACGUCAAAGCGGUCGUCAGCGCCGCCGGGGACAGUCUUUUUGUAGACGUCGAUGGCCUUUUCGAGGCGCUUCUUGCCGAGAUAGCACUAACUUGUUAG